CACUUCUUGUUUGUUGUUGUGAUAUUCGUGACUCAAGUAUGACUGUUACAUGACGCUUAAAUAUAAUAUUACUGGUUUUUUGUUAUCAUAAAUUAUAUAUAUAGAUGUGCAGCCAUGCGGUUAUUUUGGAUUACACCUUUAUUAGGAAUAAGUUUUGCACAAUUAGACCCAUAUAACACAAAUGCAUUAAGCGAAAAUCAAAAUAAUGUAAACGAUAAUAGUCAAAUUUACAAUUUAAACAAUCCAAGUUCAAAUUACAACCCUAGUUUUAAUUAUCCCGAUUACAAUCAAAAUAAUUACAACCAAGGAUCUAAUUUUAAUCAAAAUCAAAAUUAUAAUCCAAAUAAUUUUAAUAGAGAGGUUGUUAGUCAUAAUAACAACCCAACUUAUAAUCCAAAUACAAACUACCCUGUAUAUGGAUAUGGAGGAAAUUCUUAUGGAAAUGAUGAAUUAACAUGUCCCCAAUACUGGAUAAGAUUUCAGAAUAAUUGUUACAGAUUUGUCAAAUCCCCACUAAGAGCUUAUAUUGAAGCAAGAAAAAUCUGUCAGUCCUAUACACCUGACAGUGGACAAGGAGGUAACAGUGGUGGAUCAGACUUAGUAUCAAUAAAUACUUCUGAAGAACAUGGCUUUAUUAUAUAUCAAUUAAAUUUACUUGACCCUCAACAUAGGAGAUGGUACAUUGGAUCACACCAAAGUUCCCCAAGCUAUUACACAAACGUUGAUGGAACGCAGCUAGUUAGUGUUGAAAAUGCAAUUAUUGAAGUUCAAUAUCCUUAUGGUAAAGAUUACUUAGCUUAUAAUUUUUCAAGAGCCUUGUUACAUUGGGGAUUUGAACCUGUCCGAGGGGACGAACCAUUGUUAUUUAUAUGUGAAGCAAAUAUUGGAGCUGUGCAAAGAUUAGUUAGUGAAAAUAGAAGUUUUACAUAUGGGAUUGAUGUAGCUGAUCCUGAAAAAAUACCGAGGGGGCCUUAUUUUAUUAAACAACCUACUGAUGCCACUUUUGAUACUUCAAAAAGGAAGCUUUAUAAUGAUGUUAGUGUAAGUUGUUCCGCUGGAGGAUACCCAACUCCAACCUAUGAAUGGUAUCGAGAGGAUUAUGAAAACGACAGGCUAGUUGCGCACAAAAUAGACCCCUUACAAGAUAGCCGUUAUACCAUAAGCGGGGGAACCUUAAUAAUACACAAUCCUCAACAAAAACUGGACCACGCAACUUACCAUUGUAAAGCUUCCAACAAAUUCGGCACAGUAAUAUCAGAAAGUGUUCACCUCAAUUUCGGUUUUAUUCUGGAAUUCGUAUUGAAACGUUCGCCAGAAGCAGGAGAUCAAAAUUGGGGAAAAUCAAUCUAUUGUGAUCCACCAAAUCAUUUUCCUUCUGUUAAGUAUUCUUGGUCACGUGAUUAUUUCCCUAACUUUGUUGAGGAGGAUGGACGUGUGUUUGUAUCUAAUGAUGGGGCCUUAUAUUUUUCUGCUUUAGAAACGAUUGAUAGGGCAAAUUACAGUUGUAGUGUCAAUUCAGAAUUUUCAGAUUCUGGUAGAAAUGGACCGUUCUUCCCUUUAAGAGUUAAUCCACACUCAAAUUAUCAGCAACUGAAGUUCCCUAAUAAUUUCCCUAAAGCUUUCCCUGAAGCACCUACGGCUGGGAAAGAAGUUAGACUGGAAUGUGUGGCUUUUGGAUAUCCAGUUCCAAGUUACAAUUGGACCCGAAAAGGCGGAAACUUACCAAGGAGUGCCUUUUUUGUGAGCUACAAUAGAGUUCUUGUGAUACCUAAAGUUCAGGUUGAAGAUGAAGGAGAGUACAUUUGCCGUGCCUAUAAUGAUAGAGCUAGCAUAGAGAAUAAUGUUAUAUUAAGUAUUCAAGCUGAACCUACUUUUACUAUUCCGCUAAAUGAUAGACAUGUGGACAGCAAGAGUGAGUUAAUUUGGACCUGUGAAGCAUUUGGAAUGCCUGAUGUGAAUUAUACAUGGUGGAAAAAUGGUCGCCAAUUAGUUAUGGGUUAUAUGGACAUGGAAGAUAGGGGUAGAAUAAAAAUUCAAGAUAACGUUUUGACUAUUUCUUAUGUAGACCAAGAUAGGGAUCCAGGAAUGUACCAAUGUAGAGCUUCCAAUACUUUGAAAACUUCUUAUUCCUCAGCCCAAUUGAGAGUUUUAGCAUUUAAACCAUCCUUCAAAAAGACCCCAUUAGAAUUCGAAACGUAUGCAGCUGAGGGUGGCAAUGUGACCAUUAAAUGUCAUCCAGAGGCAGCUCCUAGACCUAAAUUUGUUUGGAAAAAAGAUGGAAACAUCAUAGGUUCUGGAGGCCACAGACGGAUAUUUGAUAAUGGCAAUUUAUACAUCAGUCCUGUAUCUAGGGACGAUGAAGGACUUUACAUAUGUACGGCUUCAAAUGAGCUUGGUAUUGAUGAAUCUAAAGGACGACUUAUCGUUUUGCGAGGCCCUCGUCUUGUUGAACCGUUAAGUGAAAUAGUAAGGACAUCAAUCGGUAGGAACAUUGAUUUGCGUUGUUACGCAGUUACAGACGAAAUGUUGGACAUUGCCUACAUCUGGAAACACAAUGGAAUGGUUAUUCGUGACAUUGACGUCAAAAAUUCUUACAAUCGUUUGAAAGUUGACGGAGGUUAUUUGCGAAUAAUCAACGCAACAUUUUCUGAUACAGGAGAAUACGAAUGUUUGAUUAAGUCAGCAGUUGGAAGAAUAUUUUCGAGAGCAUUGGUGAUUGUUGAAGGACCCCCGGGACCACCAGGAGGUGUGCAGGUGUUGAACAUCCAAAAAACCUCUGCUACCCUACAAUGGACUGAUGGUGCUACACAUGGAUCUCCAAUACACAGCUACACUAUAAGUGGUAGAACCAAUUGGAACCAAACUUGGGUCAACAUCACUCAUGGUGUAAGAGCUACGGAGAUCGACAGAUACACUGGGAGAAAAGAAGCAAUUAUAGAUAACAUUUUAACACCAUGGUCUGUAUACGAGUUUAGGGUAGCAGCUUGGAAUAAUCUAGGUAUGGGCAUCCCGUCACAACCUAGUCCAAAACAUGCUACUCCUCCGGACAGACCUUACAUUGCACCCCAUGCAGUCUGGGGAGGUGGCGGAAAGAUUGGAGAUCUGACCAUAAGAUGGACUCCCCUCAAAUCGGAUGAACAAAAUGGACCAGGAAUUUAUUAUAAAAUAUUCUGGAAGAGGAAAGGUGGCGGUGGCGAGGCAGAAUAUGAAAGCCAGUCUUUGGAAGAAUUUGGAAAUGUUGGAGAGGCUGUGGUUUACAUCAACUUUCAAUAUUAUUACACAGAAUAUAUAGUCAAAGUUCAAGCUUUUAACGAUGAAGGAGCUGGUCCCAUAAGUAAAGAAGUUAUCAUAUAUUCAGCUGAAGACAUGCCCCAGGUGGCGCCUCAACUGGUUAUAGCCAAGUCUUUCAAUUCGACCGCGCUAAAUGUUAGUUGGGUGCCAGUCGAUCAGACUAGAGAAAAAAUUAGAGGAAAACUUAUUGGACACAGGAUCAAGUAUUGGAAGAAAGACAGUAUUGAACAAGAUGCUGUUUAUUACUUAUCCAGACAAUUAAGACCAUGGGCACUUAUUGUUGGUCUUGAGCCGGACACUUACUAUUAUGUAAAAGCUAUGGUAUACAAUGCAGCUGGAGAAGGUCCAGAGAGUGAACGUUUCAUAGAACGUACUUACAGGAAGGCACCUCAGAAACCGCCGUCUUCUGUAAUGGUUUAUGGUAUUAAUCCAUCAACAGUUAAAGUUGUCUGGCGUUAUGUCCAACCAUCUUUGGAGGAAGAACCUUUGCAAGGUUAUAAGAUUCGAGUAUGGGAAAGUGAUCAAGAUCUGAGUACAGCGAAUGAUACAAUAAUACCAUUUGGAGGAAAAUUGGAAGGUUAUGUGGAUACCCUUUCACCUGGAAAAGUGUACAAAUUGAGAGUUUUGGCGUAUUCAAACGGCGGAGAUGGCCGAAUGAGUUCACCAGAAAAGGAAUUCCAAAUGGGGAAACCUCAAUAUUAUCGGAGCACAGCUAGUGAUGUACAAACUAGUUUAUUAACGUUCGCCAUAACGUUAGCAGUACACUACAUUUUAAGAGAAUCGUGACAAUAUGGCAUUUUUAUAUGAAUCUUUUUAUUGUUAAUAUUUAAUAUUAAUUUCAUUGUGGUAGCAACAGAUCUGAUUUUUUUAUAUUUUUUUACAUUUUGGAUUUUUUUUACUGUAAAAUGUGGUCAUGACUCCGUCCAAUAGAUAUAUUGUUUUUAUAAUAAUUUUAUUUUACUGUGAAGCAAAACGAUAUGAUUUUAUAUUGUCUGUACCUGCGAGUUAACGUUGAUGAAAAUAAGUAUGAAUCAAAUUUAUGUUUUGCUUCAUGGUUUUAACGUUAUUCAUUUUAAAUUGUAUAAUUUUAUAUUUACAAUGAAUAAAUUUACGAUAUUUUA